GCUAGAACCUAACCUCCGAAAAAUGAUGUAAACAAUCGCCCAUGUCUGCAUGUCACCUGUGAACUAUUCUGUUUAUUUUUUUAUCGUUUCUAAGUUGUGUGUGUUCAAUUAUAUGUUUUAGUUUGCAUUUUAGACUAACGUAAACCAAAGAAUCUUUGAUGGAUCGCAACCUGUCUUUGAAGGAACAACCACAUCAAAUGUUAGAUGAUGAAACAUAAUCCUGAUAAUCUAUACCUGUACUUACUUCUGGUAUUCAUAACAUCAGAAGGAAUUGCAGAAGACCUCACUGGCUUCGACUUUACCACCUUGAAUCUUAGCCCUGAGCAUGUGCCUUAUUAUUUACAUCAGUUUCCGAAGGUGGCUGAACUUUGCUCAACAAGUGACUCAUGUCCGUUCAAGGAUGCAGUCGGUAAGCAACUAUGUUGGGGCUACGAAGACACCUGUGUCAAAGAUCAGCAGUUUUCAACUCCUGUCUGUAAAGGGAGUCAUAAAGGCUGGGUCAAAUCCAAAGAAGAACAAAUAGAAUCUUUUUAUAACCAAGGUGAUUUUGGUUAUGUUAAAGAGCAGCGAAAAGAAAUGAAGGUCUUGUGUGAUGCAUCCAAGCAGACCGAUUCGUCUCUUGAGUGUUCCUCAUACUUACGAUUCUGUCGCGGAAGAAACAUUAUGAUGAAUUUCACGCAUUUAGCCAACCGUGACGAACCAAUUCGGUACAAGAUGGAUGUUUUACACGAAGGACAGAUAGGUGGACACUGCAGAUUGCAUGAAAAAGAAUUGAAGGAGGAGGUUCAACAUGUGAGCCCCUUACAGUCUUGGGCACCUGAGUUACGGUUCUUCACCAGUCUCUCCCAGCCACCGAUUGAAAGCAAACACUGUGAUAUAGUUAUUGAUAAGCCAACUGUUGUCAUGAAAAUAGAUGCCACAGUCAACAUGUAUCAUCAUUUCUGUGAUUUUUUCAACCUAUAUGCCUCUCAGCACGUGAAUGCCUCGCACCCUAGUAUGUUCUCUAAUGAGCUACAUGUUCUCAUUUGGGAAUCUUACCAGUAUCAUUCUGUUUUCUCCCCAACUUGGGAUGCAUUCACUCGAUACCCUAUUUGGAAUCUGAAAACGUUCAAAGGAAAAACUGUAUGUUUUCGCAAUAUUGUGUUCCCGCUACUACCUAGAAUGAUUUUUGGGUUGUAUUAUAAUACUCCUCUUAUGUAUGGCUGUGAAAAGAGUGGUCUUUUUAAGGCAUUUUCCCAACACAUCGUACAUCGUCUGCAAAUCCCUUUCCAUCCUCGCAAAAAUAAUCAAGUGAGAAUAGCAUUUCUGUCAAGGGAAACUACAUACCGUAAAGUUUUAAAUGAAGAUGCUCUCCUUAGUUCUCUGCGGAAGAAUCCUCGCUAUUUUGUCCAAAAAGUUGUGUUCACCCAUUUAACGGACUUUAAAACGCAAUUAGAAGUCAUCCGCAACUCAGAUGUUCUCAUAGGAAUGCAUGGAGCCGGUCUAACACAUCUCCUCUUCCUACCAGAUUGGGCGGCAGUUUUUGAACUGUAUAAUUGUGAAGAUGAUCGCUGUUACCUUGAUCUAGCCAGGCUCAGAGGUCUUUUUUAUCUGACUUGGCAAGAUGUUAAGAAAUUAAAACCUCAGGAUCAGGGUCACCAUCCAGAUGGCGGAGCUCAUGCAAAAUUCACAAAUUAUGAAUUUGACGUACCCGAAUUCAUCAAACUAGUUAACAUUUGUGCCAAAUCUGUGAUUAACAACAAAGAAUUCCAAAAAAUAACUUCAACUAAUCAUGACGAGUUGUAACAAAUUAGGUUAAUUGAGUCUGUGAUAAAUUUUUUACUUUUUUAA